UUUUUUUUUUUUUUCAUAAAAAAAAAUCAAAAACCAAAAGAAAGAAAAAGAAAAUGUGGGUUGACAUAAGAGAGGACUAGGAAGAAACCAAAAAAUAAAAACAACCAACCAAAUAUCAUGCAAACCUGGUUGAAAGGCCUGGGUUUUUCUGCAUUCCAUUCUCUGUUUCUGCCCACCGUUUUCAAUUUUACUCCUACUGCUACUUACCCUGUUACCAUGAACUUCUCUCCUUUCACAUGGAUUCUUCCAACACCCAUUUUCUUCAAUCUCUCUUAGUUUUCAGCAACUCCGCCAACCAAGAGUUGAUCAGGAGCUUGCAUAAAUACCGAUUGGACAAUGGGAAGGGAACUGAGAUCGAAAGGCUGUUUGUGUUCUCAAAAAAUGGACCUUAUAUGGAAAUGGCAGCUGUCCCACUUCUUAAGAAAUCGCUGAAAUUUCGGAUUUCCGAGGUGUAUGAAGGGUUUGUUCAUGGUUUGUGGGUCUGCAUUUUUGCCUUUCAUGCUGGUCAUCGUCCUAGCACCACAUGCUUUCCUUCUAUACUGUCAAUCUCCAGAAAUCCCAAGCUGAAAUCAAUCCCAUCAUUUGCCAACGAACUUCAAUUGAUUUUCCAGUCGAGCUACAUAGCUGAAAAGAAAGAGCCCUUGCUAAUUUCACCUAAGAGCCAGACGAACAACGAAAAUCACCAUCAAUCAAAAAGAAGCCAGCCUGUACUUGAUCAGGAUCUCAACUGUCUUCCUUAUUCAGUUACUAUGUCUGAAUCAGCGGAGGAGGAACAAAUUGAUCAAAGUUUACCAGGUACAUUGGAGAAGAAGAAAAAAAGAGCAGCCAGUGAUCACAUAGCAAGAAUUGCUUUAUCAGAUCUGGCCAAGUAUUUUGAUGUGCCAAUUAUUGAAGCUUCAAGAAGUCUGAAAAUUGGACUUACUGUCCUAAAGAGGAAAUGCAGAGAAUUCGGUAUUCCUCGGUGGCCACAUAGAAAAAUUAAAUCCAUUGACAGUCUCAUCCGAGAUCUUCAGGAGGAGAAGUGCCAACAACAGGAGGACAAGGCUGCGGCUAUAGCAGUGGAAAAGAGGCAAAAAAUGUUGGAGAGUGAGAAAGAAAGUAUAGAGAGGAAACCUUUCUUGGAGAUAAAAAGUGAGACCAAAAGGUUCAGGCAAGAUGUUUUCAAGAGAAGGCACAGAGCCAGAGCUCUUAUGUCCCAGGACUUAACGACCUCCGACAGUGAAAAUGCUUAUGAAUUACAGGAGUAAGCAUUCGUCGUUCCAAAAUACUAAAAGGAUCAACCUUUUUUGUAUUUUAAUGGUGCAAUAGGCCUUCCAUAUGUCUUUUUUUAUCCUCCUAUGAUGGUCUUGGGCUGCAAUGAUGUCAAUGAUAUUUGCACUGGGUUUUGAAGCUCAUUGCUUUUUCCUGGCUUCACUAACCGGUUAUUGAAGCAUUUGUUUAUGAAUUUUAAGUGCAUACCAAAACAUAAAGAGCCCUAUCACUGGAAAUAUUUAGAUUAGUAAAAAACUUUAAUGUGUACAAACCCUGUUGGUAUAUCAUCUAGCAAAUGUAAAAGCUACCAGUUUUUCGGCUUCGAAGACUGUUAGAUUUUGAAACAUGUCUCCACUCCUCCUGUUGACGCUUUGCUUAUUCAAAGUCUGAAUUUCUUGUGUUC